AUGCGUUUAUUAAUAAUUUUAGUGUUAUUUUCCUUUAUUUACAUAGUUACGUGUAAAACCCACGUUAAGGCUCUAACUGAAUCCAUGGGUCAAGAGGUCAUUGAGAUUAAUAGCCCUGUAAAAGAACUGCCCAUGGGUUUAGAAGAAGAACCAUCGUCAGAUAAAGAAGAUAAAACAAAAACUAAAGAACCUCAAUCGCUGGAAGGAGAGUAUAAAAGAAUGUCAACGAUAAGCGGCAAAGAAAAUAUGAAAGACGUGGACAGGAUUGAUGGACUAAACACGGAAAGUGAAGAAGACAGGAUAGAGAAAGAACUGGCAGAAAUAUACAAGGAUACAGCUGAUUAUAAAAGCGAAAGUGGCGAAGAUGAAGUAGCUAAAGAAGUAUCAGUAGAUGAUCACACACAGGAGGCUACAGUCCAAGAAUUUAAAUCCAAAUAUGAUAGCGACUACAAGAAUGACAGCGGUGAAGAAACUGACGACACCUCAACAACUCCUGAUGAAAUUACAGAAGAACCUAUACCUACUGCUGCAGGAGAUGAGCAAACCGACCGACCUAUCGCAAGAUCACGGAACAAUUUCAAACUCCACCCUGACUCCACAGGCAAGGCUGACAUAGAGAGGUUCAGGACAUCUGUUGAUGAAAUUAACUGCAAUGUUAAUAAACAACUACUCAAUCAAGUCCGCGACGAACAGGAUAAUCCAAGCAGAUUUACAUCUAUAUAUCCCAGGACCAUUCCUGGUUCUGAUGUCAGUUCUAAGGCGUUCUACACCAUGGCCAGUCAACUGCCACUAAUUGCAGCUAUUUUAGGCAUAUUUUUCGUAUAUAUUUAA